CCUUCAGUUAAAUUAGCUCGAGCACUAUAACGGGCGUACGCACCGCUAAGCUAAGCUAAGCUAAGCUGGGCUAGGCUAGGCUACUAGCGUCCCGUCGAUGUUCACACCGCAGUUGUUUUUAACGCACCGUAUCGUGAAGAAUGGCCGGCAGCGCAGGAGAGUGGUGCCUGAUGGAGAGCGACCCCGGCGUGUUCACGGAGCUGAUCAAGGGUUUUGGCUGCAAAGGAGCCCAGGUAGAGGAGAUCUGGAGCAUGGAGCCAGAGAACUUUGACAACUUGAAACCGGUCCACGGCUUGAUUUUCCUGUUCAAGUGGCAGCCGGGUGAAGAGCCGGCGGGCUCCAUCGUCCAGGACUCGAGACUUGACCACAUCUUCUUUGCAAAACAGGUCAUCAACAACGCCUGUGCCACCCAGGCGAUCGUCAGUGUACUGCUCAACUGUACCCACACUGACAUGUUGCUCGGAGACACACUGACCGAGUUCAGAGAAUUCUCCCAGAGUUUCGAUGCCGCUAUGAAAGGUUUGGCUCUUAGCAACUCCGAAGUGAUCCGACAAGUUCACAACGGCUUUGCCAGACAGCAAAUGUUUGAAUUUGACGCAAAGUCGUCGGCGAAGGACGAGGACGCCUUUCACUUUGUGAGCUACGUUCCUGUGAACGGCCGACUCUACGAGCUGGAUGGACUUCGAGAGGGACCGAUUGACCUGGGUACCUGCAACCAGGACGACUGGAUCAGCGCCGUUCGCCCAGUGAUUGAGAAAAGAAUACAGAAGUACAGCGAAGGAGAGAUCCGAUUCAACCUAAUGGCCAUUGUGUCGGACAGAAAGAUGAUAUACGAGCGGAAGAUCACAGAGCUCCAGACUCAGCUCACGGAGGACGAACCGAUGGACACAGAUCAGAGCAGCACGUUCCUCAGCUCCAUCCAGUCAGAGAUUGCCAAGUACCAGCUCCUUAUCGAAGAGGAGAAUCAGAAACUUAAAAGAUAUAAGGUUGAAAACAUUCGACGAAAGCACAACUACCUUCCUUUCAUCAUGGAGCUUCUGAAGACGCUGGCAGAGUACCAGCAGCUAAUACCCUUGGUGGAGAAGGCGAAGGAGAAACAAAGCGCCAAAAAAGCUCAGGAGGCCAAGUGAACAACGGAUUCGACGACGCACUUCAACAGAGAAGCCUCCGAUCUCACACACACACACACACAGUCCCUCUUCCAUCAGUGAGCCACAUUACAGAUACUGUACGUCAUUUGUCAUACUCGUGUUAACGACCACGGACGGUUUCUGCAGCGCUUCCUCACUGUGGCGUCCUGUGAAACCUUACAGACAUGAAGAACUGUACUGCAGGUGUAGCAGAGAGACUGUCGACAAAACAAAUACUCUUUCCACGUCGUGUGUCCAUCCGCUCUAUUGCAUGAUAGAAGGAAAAAAAUGUGCUGAAAUUACGUUCUUGUCUUAUUUUCAUAAUAAAAUGUUUAGAUGUUUA